AUACUAGGUAAUACUACACAACUUUAUCAAGCGACAUCAGGCACACACUGAAAAUUGACGUCACAACUAUGCAUAUAUUUGUUGGUUCGGUAAGCGAAAAAAUGUACGAUUAGGAGAUAUUUCACGUAGAAUUUCAUAUGAGAUGACAAUUUUUCGAAAAUUUGCAGCAAAAUUUCAUGUGGUUGAUCAUCGUACAAAAUCAAAUAUGUUUACAUUAUUGACAAAAAGAAUUUUGUUACCGCAACUUAUUUGUGCAUAUCGUUGUAGAUCCACUUCCAGUGCAGAAUCAUGUGGCGCGUUCGAUUUAGUUAUCGUUGGAGGGGGCAUUGUUGGAUGCGCCACUGCACGAGAAAUGUUAAUAAGACAUCCUAACUUAAAGAUGGCGAUCGUUGAGAAAGAAAACGCUCUGGCGAUGCAUCAAACAGGACACAAUAGCGGUGUAGUACACGCUGGAAUUUAUUACAAACCUGGCAGUAUGAAAGCAAAACUAUGCGUGGAAGGAUUAAAGCUAUCCUAUGAAUACUUCUGCAAACACGAUAUACCUCACAACAAAGUUGGAAAACUUAUAGUAGCUCAAAAUAAAGACCAAAUUAAAAAAUUGGACGAUUUAUAUGAUCGAGGAAUAAAAAAUAACGUACCGGAUCUCCAAUUAGUUGGGAAAGAUUGUAUAUCGAAAUACGAAGCUAAAUGUCAAGGAGAAAAAGCAUUAUGGUCACCGUGGACAGGUAUAGUCGAUUGGGCGGUGGUUUGUAAAUAUUUUGCCAAUGAAUUUCAAAAAAUGGGUGGGAAAGUAUAUUUAAAUUACGAAGUUACCGGUUUCUCGGAAAUGACAGAAUCCAAAGGCAAGGAAGAAUUAUCUCCGAUUUUAGUACAAUCGAAAGAUAAAUGUAUCCCGACAAAAUAUGUGUUAACGUGUGCUGGUUUACACUCGGAUCGUCUAGCAGUAAUGACAGGAUGUGAUCUUAGUCCACGUAUCGUUCCAUUCCGAGGCGAAUAUUUAUUGCUGAGCGAUAGCAAAAAGCAUUUAUGCACCACCAAUAUAUAUCCUGUUCCAGACCCUAGAUUCCCAUUUUUGGGCGUUCAUUUUACUCCUAGGGUCAAUGGCGAAAUAUGGCUUGGACCAAACGCAGUUUUAGCAUUUGCCAGAGAGGGUUAUCGGUGGCGCGAUAUAAAUAUAAGAGACUGUAUAGAAAUGGCAAAAUUUCCCGGAUUGUAUAAACUCUGUUUCCGGUACUUUAUACCAGGAUGCAAAGAAAUGAUUAAAUCAAUUUUUUAUCCACUUGCACUCAGAGAUUUGCAAAAAUUUAUUCCCGAAGUAUCCUUUAGAGACGUAAAAAGAGGACCAGCGGGUGUUAGAGCACAGGCAUUGGACAAUAAUGGUAAUUUAGUAGACGAUUUUGUAUUCGAUGGAGGGAAAGGUAGUAUCGGUGGUAGAGUGAUGCAUUGUCGUAACGCACCUUCUCCAGCGGCAACCAGCGCCAUGGCAAUAGCUAAAUUUAUUGCCGAUAAACUGGAAACUGAUUUCAAGCUUUAACGAGUCUGUAAACUUUAAUCUUUAGUUAGAAGGAAAUUUAAAUAAUGAAUACUCAAAUUCAUUGUGUCCAAUAAUACAUGCAAAAUUGAAAAUUUAUGUUUUAUGAGAAUAAGCAUGUGCGAAAAUGUAUGCACGAGAAUAACUUGUGCUCAUGACUCGUGUAUAUGUAAAUCGUAACAUGCAAAAAAACAUAUUUUGUGUUUUUUAUGGAACAAAACAUUCUUAUUACGAAGGACAUUCUCUAAAAAUAAUAUUUUAACUUUAUGUCACAAUAUUAUUAUAACAAGAUACAAUAAUUCUACUAU